CGGGUUCGGCACUUCGAUUAGUCAGUUUACCGCCAACCAUCCUCCGGAUUUAGCCGGAGACUCCCCCUCGUCCAGGGACCUCAUCAUUUUUAUAUCAGAAUUUUCCGAAUAUUUUCCAAACAAAUCUUCGGCCAAGAAACCUGGAAAAUGUGUGUGCGUCCGCCUUGAUAAAACAAUAGCAUAAAACAGAACAAAAUACAUAUAAUAAAAUAUAAAAUCUGAAAAGUAACCAAACAAGAAUAAGAAGGAAUUUUGCCCUGCCGUCACUGCUUCUGUACUUUAAUCGACACAACAAAGAAGAAAAACAACAAGAAUAAGAAAAAAACACAAAAAUACAAAAUACGAGAACAAGUAUCGCGCAUACGCCUCGUUGACGGUUCCGCUUAGGGUGCGGAGCGGGGUUGUGGUUAUGGUUGGGUGGGUGGCACAGGGCCUGGCCAGGGGUUGGAGGGCAGCGGCGGUGAGUGGUGUUCAUCUCAGCAUCUCAGGUUGGACAGGCCGACAGCCGACAGCCAACUGUCAGUUUGUAAUCAGCAGCAGCUCCAGCGGCACAGCUGUGCGUGUGCAUAGAAAGAAACUUUUUCGGUGGCUUCCUUGGCCCUUAACUAGGCCGUCAUCAGAUCCAUUAGAUCCCCCCGGUCGCAAAUCGAUUCCCGCACCUCAAUCCGUGUUCGAUUCCGUGACCUGUGACCCCUCGAUGGGUAACAAAUGGCGACAGUAAACGCCUACGACUAAUCACUUAACUAUUUAUAAGUCAACGCACAUCAUGUUUACCGUCGAGAUACUUGCCUCCACUCGCCGCGACUCGCGAGAGAUAUUCGAGAUGUAUCCGAGAGAUGCAAUUCUAGCAUUUGCCUGGUGUUGAAGUGUGUGCCCAAGCUGUUGUUUGACUUGCGGGUGUGGAUGAGCCGACUUCAGAUGUUCACUGCAAUAAAGUGAUUGUUAAAAGCUAUCUCAAGACGUCGGAAUGUCGGAUGAUUCGGGUGACCCCCGUCAGUGGCUCCACGCGCAGCUCCUCUCCACGGCCAUGUCUUUGGUCAGUAGCAACGGCUCCUUGGACAGCAACCUGCUCCUCAUCCAAGCAACAACAGCUUCGAGCAUAGUGGAUCCGGAAGCAUCAGGAGCAGGAGCAGCAGCAGAAGCCGCCACGACGGCAACAACCCUUAAGGUGGGCGUGCCCUCGAUGAACUCGUAUCUGGUGAGCAUGGCCUGGCCCAAAUCCUUGGCCGUGGCUGUCUUCCUGGUUCUCAUCCUAGUCACAGUCGUCGGCAACACGCUGGUCAUUUUGGCCGUUAUGACCACACGCCGCCUUCGCACCGUUACCAACUGUUUCGUGAUGAACUUAGCCAUAACCGACUGGCUCGUCGGCACCUGCGUGAUGCCCCCGUCGGUGAUUCUAUACAUAACAGGCACUUGGCGUUUCGGCUGGAUUCUGUGCGACAUCUGGAUCUCGCUGGACAUCCUUCUCUGCACCGGCUCCAUUCUUAGUCUCUGCGCCAUCAGUCUGGACAGGUAUCUCGCCGUCACACAACCCUUGACGUAUUCGAAGAAGCGCCGCUCCAAGCGCCUGGCCCUCCUCAUGAUACUCGUUGUGUGGAUAACGGCCCUGUCAAUCACAUGUCCGCCGUAUUUGGGCUGGUACGAGGCUGGGAGACAUCAGGCGGAGUUUGUUGACUGCCGCUACAACCAAAACAAGGGCUACGUGGUCUUCUCGGCAAUGGGAUCAUUCUUUAUCCCCCUCACGGUGAUGCUGUAUGUCUACGUGAAGAUUGGUUAUGUGCUCACGUCACGCCGACAGCGCAUUGUGCGCGAUGCGAACUCGGAGCGCACCGCAGACUACGAUGUGGAUGGCGACAACUUCAUCUCCGAGUCCGAACACUAUCACUGCACGCCAACCAAGUGGCUGCCAAACCGGAAGUCCCGCUGGAGGUUCAGCUCGCUGCACGACCCACCCACCGCUACCGCCACCUCCAACAGCACCACCUCCGGAGCUGGUAAUGUGAAUGCGGAAAAUAUGAGCAAGGCGUCGCUCAAGUGCUCCAAGUGCUCAAAGUGCCAGCCGGAGCGGGAGAAAAGUGUGCCGGACAAGACGCUGACCUUCAAGCACCAACCGACUUUUUACGAGCUGGUGGAGGUGUCGCGACUCUCGUCCUUGAUUCACUGCUCGGCAAUUAGUUGCAAGUACGGCGGACCCUGCAUGCACUCCACACCAUCUGGCCUGCACUAUGUGGGCAGUCAGGUGUCCUCCUACUCGGAGUCGUGCCUGGGCGGUGGCAACUCCACAUCAGUGGCCCUAGAAACUGGCGGCGGUGAGAAGGCGGAGGCGGAUGUCCAGCAACAGAAACGGGGCUGCGCCAGCCACAGCCAUAGUCAUCAGCACCACCACCACCAGCACCACCAUCUAAACCAUCAUCAUCGCAUGCCCAUGCGAGUCUCGACCACGAAACGUGACACUAAGACCGCCAAGACCCUGACUAUUGUGAUGGGCGGCCUAAUUGCUUGCUGGCUGCCCUUCUUCGUAUAUUACCUUCUUAUACCCUUCCUGCCUCGGCCGGCCGUCCUCGAGGAUCUCAUGUUCGGUUUCACCUGGGUGGGCUGGGUCAACUGUGCCAUCAACCCCUUUAUUUACGCCUUCUACAAUCCCGAUUUUCGCACUGCCUUCUGGCGCCUCACCUGCCGACCUAUUUGCAAGCAGAAACGUCCUCCCAACCACUUGGCUAUGUUCCGUGGCUAGUUUGGGUCUUGAAGCCUAGUAGUUAGUGGUAUAAUCGGAACUUAUACGUGUCUCCGGGAUCAAUCCUUUUGGGAUCAAUUCUUAAAAACUUCUCUGAAUAAUGUAGCAAUUGCUUUUUGAGAAAAAAUAACUAGAAAUUGAGUUGGAGGCCAUUGUCAUUAAGAUAAAUAAUUAUUUCUAAACCGAUUAGCAAUUGUUUAAGGAGUUUUUAGAAAGUUAUUCUUGAGAUUAAACCACUCCGUAGUAAGAUAUACAUUUUUUCAAAGAAAUUACCUGGAUUUUAAGAUUGUUAUACAAUAAUCAAACCCAUCAUUACAAAACCAAUCAAUUUAACGGAAAAAAUUCUAAUGGACUUCUUUAUUUUAGAUUUUUAAAACAAGUAUUUAAAGAGAGAUUACUGGAUAAUAUUAUUUUUUUUAGCCAUAAGAUCUGUAUUAUUUCCACGAUCAAUGUUGAUUAAAAUCUGAAAAUCAGGACUAGAGUAAGGAAAUUUACAACGAACGUUUAAAUUCUACUCCACCUCAUUCUACGUAGGAUAAAGCUGAUUCCAAACAAGUUUAAAAAGUCACAAAAGUAACCAAACACUUACUUUCCGUCAAUAUGUAUUCUUAGUCAAUUGUAGUGCUAAGCCCCAGAGUAUCUGUUGAAAGUUGCUGGCUAAAAUGUGCCACAAAAUGUCCCCGUAUAUACACGAGGUAAUAAAGGCCAGUUUUCAUCAGUAGCUUUAAGACCCAGUUGACCUGACCGGAAGACUAGAUUCUCUCCUAGACCCGCCUAGACCCCAUCCCAUAUACGGAAUUAUAUAGUAUUUUUAGGAGUGUGCGUGAGUGUUGAUUGCAAGAAGAACAGUACGAAACAAAAGACAAAUUAUAGUAUUUGCGAGUCUUUGUGUUGCCUGACGGCCACUGUUGACCGUCAGGAUGAGAGUAGGAUGAGAAGGACGAUGAUGAGGACGAUGAUGGUGAUGGUGACGGCGAUGGUGAUGGCGAUGUCGUCUCCCGUCUCUUUGUUGUGUCUGCGUGAGCGUGUGUGUGAGUGUGGAGAGUGUGCCUCGCAGUGGGUCCAGAAACUGCCAACGACAUAUCUGGCGUGUCCUUUGUCCGGCCCGGCCGUCCUGAGCGGCUAAACCCCGCAGGCACACAGUGUCCGGCCAACCCAUUUAAUGUUUGAGCAAUCGCACAACGCACCGAAAGUGAAAGUGAAACUAAAACUGAAACUAAAACAAAAACGAGGCCUGGAUGUUGAAGCUGCACUUGAGCUUGAAGAGAUUUUUCAAUGACCCUCGGAACCGUUUGUCCUCACUUUUGAGCUCGUUAAGCAUUUUAGCUUUUAGCCCCAAAAGUCACACAAAAAAGAGUUUGUAAAAUUGUAAUAUAAGCCACACAUAUGUAUAUCAUUCGUAUUUAUAACCUUAACUAUGUACUUUGUAAUUGUUCACUUGUAAAAGGAUCUCUGCAAGGACCUAUCGGCCAUCCUUGGACCAUCGGCCGAAAGAGUUCUCAUAAUAAACUUUAAGUUCAACUCGA